AAAUGUCAGCUGGAUGGCCAUGGAAAGGUCUCUUCGUAGGGCGAGGGAAGGAAGAGGACGAGGAAGGAAGGAAAUGAGAAAGGAAGACGAGGACGAGACCACACGCCCGCCUUCUCCGUGAGGCCCGAUUUAAUCCCUAGAGACACGCCGGGAGGGCCCACGCGCCAGUCAUUGACCUCACAACCUCUGAGGAUGUCUGCUAUAGAUGUGAGCAAAACGUCAGGAGAGAUUGCUUUUGGAACAUGGCCAUACAGCCCGGAAAAGUCACCGUAACCAGUGAUUCCGGCCAUGAAAGCCUUCGACAACACAGUGGCUAAAUAUUACUACUUUCUGUGAAACAAAGAGGAUGGAGCUGGAAAGAGAAAUGCUUGAAUAUAGCAAAUCUGACACUUGCAUGACUAAUUUGAAAUACAUGCAGCUAAAAAAAUACCUGAAAGAAAUAUGUGAACGUCAAAAGAAAUCAUUGCUUCGUAACCAAGAUUUGUUGAGAGAAUUUGAUUCAAUUGAAGCUCAUAUUAAGAAGUUUGCCUCAAGUUCAGAGUCUCUUCAGAAGCUAAAGGCAGAAUAUGAAAGAGAAAUUAAAAGUAGAUGGAGACUUAACACAAAACAUAUAUUAAAAAGUGAGGAGAGUGGUGAUGCUAAAAACCAGAAAGUGCCAGAAGCAAGACAGGCAGGAAUUAACAACAGGACAGCCAUGUCAAGAGGACUGUAUCACACGGCAACAAUCUUUAUGGGCCGCCAAAUGUCAGCUGUCUCAAGCGUUGAAGAUUUCAGUGCGCCGCAGAAAUCUUCCAAGCUCACAAAGAGCUUUUCAAUUUCUGACCCACAUUCACAUAGACAACCAUCACAGAAUAGUUAUAUGACAGACAGCUGUGUAGUACAAACUAAUAAUGAUCUACAGCGCUCAAAUAAGUCUGACAAAAUAGAUGGGAAGACAUAUCUGCUGAUGGGCAAGGAAACACCAGUGACAUCCAAUGUAUCACAUGCGGAUGGAAGAAUUUGCUGUUCAACUGUAGAAAGCAAGACAAAUAAUUGCAGUAGUAAUUCUGUGGAAAGCAAAAUGUCUGCUGAACUCAAUUCCCUGUUACAUGAAAGAUUAAGUCCUGAGAACAGAACUACCGAUUUAAAAAGUGGCAAUUUCCACAAACCAGUGGAAGAAAUACUGACACAUGAGCAUUCUGGAAAUGAACAGGGAUCUGAACAACCUAACCCAUUGGCGUAUUGCUCUGAACAACUUGUUUCUGGAAAAGAGCACUUGAGAGAGAAAUUCCCAGGUCUCAGAAAUAGCCCACAACUGGAUACAAAUGCACAAGAAGAAGAUGAAAGUUCGAAUGGAAGCACUGAUCUCACAGUUUCCCUAAGUAACAGUGAGGAGGAGGAUGAAACUAAUCCUCAAAAACUACAGCAAAGUGGACAAGAUGUAGGCUACAAUGUAUCGUUAAAAUCAGUUAGCCCAACAUAUAAUAAGAAAGAAAAAUAUCCAUGUUCACAAAUGUUACGUCGUGAUACUUCUAGUGGCAGUUCAUCCCCUAGUCCUGCAACAAGACUAUGUUUGUCCUUUGAAGGAUUUUCUCAUCUCCUGACAUUCAUAGAAGGCUCAGUGGCUGGAACAACUCCUGACUGCCUGGUGUUAUACCAAUAUAAAACUGUGCCUGUCGCAGAAUUGGAGGCCCUUAUAAGUCUCUGUAAUGAAACUGGCAACUUGAAACAAGAAGACCUUGAGUUAUGUGAAGCACUUGUCCUUCAUCAGCUGCAGAGAUUAUUGCAAAGUACAGCAAAUGCAUGCCUUUUACCAGAGAAUCCGUUUAAUAACAAAAGUGAGAUGUUCAAUGGAAAACAAAACAGGUCUAAAUUAACACCUUAUUUUGCAAUGAUAUGGAAACGUUUAAGCGAGCAUGUCUUAUUCCUGCAAAAGCAUCAUGUUUUACUUGAACAAGAAGCAAAAAAGAUGUUUGUUACCUUGUUGAUUUCAGGAAAACAUGAAGGAGAUAGCUCGAUCACACCAGAAUUGAAAGAGAGCUUGCCAGAAAAAUAUGAAAACAGGUCAGUUGCAGUUAGCCAUCAAGAACAGGACUCUUAUGAUUCACAGAAGAAUGGUCUAAAAAAGGAAGAAGUCACAAGCUGGUGUGAAGAUGAGAGCAGGGAAGAAAGCCUGGUGGAAAAGAUUCCUAUUACAGGUUUGAAUAUUGAUGGAAGUGGUUUAAAAGAACAGAAAAGUGAUAGAACCAGUUCAGAGCCUAGUUUUUCAUCUCCGGAAAGAAGAAGCUCUUUGUCAAGGUUUGAAAACGGAAGGAAAAUAGUAUCUACAAUAAAAUCCAAAGCCUUCUGGGGUGAGUCUGAUGACAGCAACUCUGAAAUUGAAGCAGCUCUACGCCCUCAAGUGCAUUGCUCACAUAAUGAUGAAUUUGAUGACUUCUAUGAUUAAGAGCCAAAAGUGUAUACAUGCAUAUACUAAAAACCUUCAGGUAGUUUUUCCUACACCCAGGAAGCAUAUGACAGGACACACAUAGUUUGAGCACUUUUUCCUGUUGGCCAUAUUUUUACUUCAGAUGCCGCAGUGUGCUUUUCCUUCCUGCUGGGUACUGAAUGUAUAUCUGCAGAUGAGUAUAUCUCCAAGAACGAAGACUUUGCCCUUUCAAAUAUGUGCUUGAAAUCCAUAGUGAUUUUGGAGUGAGGAACUGAAAAUACAGUGUGCCCUCAAGUUAAGUAUGCCCCCUUACACUUUUCUCUACUCCUGAUUGUCCCCGCCCCCCAGGCUCCAUUUUCAUGUCCUUAAAAGGGCCAUUAGGCUGUGGGUAAAUAUGUUUACACAUCAUAUAUGGCCUUGAAUUCCUCUAUGCACAAAGAUAUGCUGUUAUUGACACCAUUAUAGAUUUAGUUAUUGUACCUUGAGAAAUAAAGGGUUUAAGCCCCAUACUCCCAAUAGAAAUCCACCUAAGACUCCCCUCCCCAACCAGGUAUUAUUUGAAUUGAAAGUGCAGCUUGCAUUUCAUGGAUGCGCCUUUUCUCUACAUAGGGUUGGAGGGUUUGCAUGAGUUUCACAGAAAAGCAAGAAGUUAAAAUCUUCUUUGUUCAGUUAGGCUUAUGCUCACCUUCAGUGGCUGCCAAUAACUGAAAAUUCAUACAAGUAGUAAUGGUCAUACCUAAACCUAAGCAACCAUUGUACAGAAAAGGGUUUUUUAAAGAUAUAGGUGCCCCAGCUAACAAAUUUGUUGUCAUGCCUCCUAAAAAAAUGUAGCAUGGGUAAUUUGAGAAAAAAUCGUAUUACAGGCAAGAAGCAUUUGUUGCAGGAAAAAAGCUACAUUAAAAAUACUGAAAUGUUUCAGAGUUAUGUUCUGGAAAGCUUAUACCACAAUAAAUGUUUCAUUCCUUAAUAUAUCUCAUCUUUGUUUAUAUUUGUUGAUUUACAACGGUAUCUUUCAAUAUUCAAGAUUUACAUAUUUACAAAAUUUGGAUAAAGCAAGGCUGAUGUUUAGAGUGCACAGCAGUAAGUACAUGCUGUCAGGAGAGAUGCAAGAAGUUUCAGGAGGAGCAAUGGAAGCUGAAGUGCCCCAUGACGCAAGCAUUGUCGGGGAUCCUGUCCCUCUGGGGAGCAUGUGACCUACCUGUUUCCACCUGACAUGCCAGUAUGAGUUUACAAUACUAUAUUGAUUUCCUUGUGCACAAGUCUUUCCAGAGUUUAUGCAUCAGAUCGACUUGCAAGACCUAAGAAUGCUUGUGUCAUGCCUCCACUGCUUCCCUGGGAUGUUUCUCAGUCUGGCUGCACUAAAUAUCAGGGGGUUUGGGGUUUUUUAAAAAAAAUGCUAUUUCUGCAUUUUUAGUUUGCAAUUAGUUGAAUUCACAGAUCUUGAGGGCCCACUGCAAUGUUAUUUGUACUAUUACCUGUAAAUCGUAAUUUCCAUAUAUUGCUGAAUGUAAUGACAAAAUCAGCAAUGGUAAAAAAGUAACAAUGAAAAAAGCACAUUGGAAUUAAGUGAUAAUGAAGUACAUGUGAAAUAAAAGUUGAAAAAACAAA